UGGAAAGGCCUCUCAGUGGAAACCUGGCAACCUGGGGCCUCCCUGUGUCUGUGUCACCUAGCAAUUGCCAUGGCAAUGGUGUGGUGGCCCCAGAGCCCACAGGCCAGGGGAUGUGGCUACCCUCCCGCACACAGCACGGGCACUGUUCACUGCACCCGGUGGGGCUGCUUCUCUGAGCUGAGCAAUUCUUUCUUGCAGGUGCCCGCAGCUGGGCAGGGAGGCAGACCCGCAGGGUCCCCUCUCCUCUCCUGUGUUCCAGGGAUGCUGGACUCCUUGGUGGCAGAUCAAAUGACUCGACUGACCCUGAAACUCUUGGAGAAGAAACUUGAGCAAGAAAGAGAGAAUGUGGAAAGGGAUUCAGAGGACCCCCGCCUCACUCUGGGACACGAGGCCAGGCCAGACGCAGCCCUGAGGAGCGCCCUGAGGAGGAAGGACGCUCUGCAGAGACUCCGGGAACACCACCUCCUGGAUGGAGUCUCCCCGGCCCACACCUGGAGGGUGCUGCACAGAGGAGCCCUCGAGCCCACGCUGACCCCAGGCGCCUCCCUCAUCCCUCCGCCUCCACCAGCCCCUGAGCCACCCCAGUUGAUCCGACACUGGGCGCCCCAUCCUCCUGCCACCAGCAGCCAGCAGCUGCCUCUGCAGCCACUCUUGGCACAGGUCGCCCCUCCCCAGGCCUUCCCCACUCAAAGGUCCGGAAGUAUCAAGGAAGACGUGGUAGAGCUGAUGCUUGUGCAGAAUGCUCAGCUGCACCAGGUCAUCAUGCACAGCUUGAUGCUCAGAGCCCUGCCCCCCUCCAAGCUCGCGCCUUCCCCAGGACCACAGGCUGCCCCUCUGCACCCCACCCUACAGGACCCACAGUGGGCUAACCCCGCCGUCCUCCGAGCUGAGAGGCAGAAGCCGCCCUCUGUGCACCACCACCACCACUACGCACCCCCAGCUCCCCUGCAGGCCGUUCCUGCCCCUGGCCCCUCAGGGGCUUACUCCAUGUGGCCCUCCAUGGUCUCAGCCACCACCAUCCCGCCUGCCACCAGCUUCCUGCCUGCAGUGCGCCACGUGCCUGGCCCCUCUGGGAUGGCGCCUGGAGGUGUGAUGCCCUGAGAGGCCCUGGGUCUGUGAGCCCCAACCGGGCCCAGGUAAGCAGCAGGGCCCUUGUCUCCCCCAGGACAAGGCUGGGAGAAGCCUGGCAGUCCUGGCCCCUGGGUGCAGGACACUGAAGGUCACGGGAAAAUAGAGGGGUGUCAUCAGAAAAGACAGCUCUGGCGCCAUAAGAGGACAGAGCGAUAGAUCCAGCCACAUAAAAUUGUAAACCUUCCUAUGGGGAAAAUGCCAUAAACAGUGUCAAAUGUAUCGGUGUCGGCCGGUGCGUCUGCGGGCUGUGGGGGCAUCCCUGCCGUGCACUUGGGUUCACAGCUUCUUUCCCUGGAGCCAGAACAGCUGCUGGCCAGGGUUCCUGCUGAAGAGGGCCAGGCGGGGACAGGUGCCAGCCACCUCUUUGCUCCUGCAGGCUGUCAGGGAGUCUGACACAAAUUCUUACCUUUUCUCUUCCUGUAUGUUGUUAUUCCAUUUUUUUCUUGGUGAGACCAUGUUCCCUUGAGGUUUUAAUGUAAUUUUCAUGUGAAUGUCAUUUUCCAGCAUCAUGCAUGUUUUCAGUGGUCCCUUUUGAAUAAAUCGUCUCAUUUCCUAAGUUCUGCACAAGCAGGAGCCCUGUCCCUACUUGGCAUCCUCAGACCCGGGCAGGUGCACCGGGUGCCCGUCUGAGGGAGGGAGAGGCCCAGGCCCACAGUUGCCAUUUGGCCACACGGUGCCCCCUGGUACCGCCCGCAGGCAGGUGGCUCCAGGCACUGAGUGACACGUGCCUGCAGGAAGCGCAAUGCCUCCCCAAAUCCACAUCUCUUGUUAAAUGC